CCCUACGGUCAUAUUACCCACGUUUUAACUUCUCUCUCUCUCUCUCUCUCAGAGAGUCGGUCAGCUUUAGACGCCAAAACAUGACCACCGUAGCUACUGCUUCGGUUCUCUGUUUACCUAUCUCUCUCGGUAGAUCAUCUAAAUUCAACACCAAGAAGGGUGUCAAAGGAGGAUUUCGGGUGCUUGCUGUAUUUGCAGAAGAAGGAGGGGUUGAAAAGAAGGUUUCUUGGGGACCGUUGUUUGAUGUGGAAGACCCGAGGUCUAAAGUCCCGCAGUGCAAAGGGAAGUUCUUGGAUGUAAACCAAGCCCUGGAAGUGGCUAGAUAUGAUAUACAGUACUGUGAUUGGCGGGCUCGACAAGAUGUGCUCACAAUCAUGCUCCUUCACGAAAAGGUUGUAGAAGUUCUAAAUCCUUUAGCCCGGGAGUACAAGUCGAUUGGCACAAUGAAGAAGGAGCUUGCAGAAUUGCAGGAAGAAUUAGGACAAGCUCACAAACAGGUUCAUAUAUCUGAAGCAAGAAUCGCCACUGCUUUGGAUAAACUAGCUUACAUGGAAGAAUUAGUGAAUGAUAGACUGUUACAAGACAGAAACUCAACGGCACCAGAACAAACAUCCCCAUCUCCCAGUACAUCUACACAAUCUCCCAAAGUUGUACAGAGGAGUUUGCCACGUAAAAGCUUGAACGUCUCAGGUCCAGUUCAACCUUACCAUCCCCGCUUGAUGAAUUUCUGGUAUCCCGUUGCUUUCUCUGCUGAUCUGAAGGAUGAUACCAUGAUUCCAAUUGAUUGUUUUGAGGAGCAAUGGGUCAUCUUCCGUGGAAAAGAUGGGAAACCUGGAUGUGUACGGAACACCUGUGCACAUAGGGCAUGCCCUCUUCACCUGGGUUCAGUAAAUGAGGGUCGCAUCCAAUGUCCCUACCAUGGAUGGGAGUACUCAACAGAUGGGAAAUGUGAGAAAAUGCCAUCAACGCGAUUACUUGAUGUGAAGAUAAAGUCAUUGCCAUGUUUUGAGCAAGAGGGGAUGAUCUGGAUUUGGCCUGGCAAUGACCCUCCAACAGCCACCAUUCCUUCUUUAGAACCUCCUCCAGGAUUCCAAGUCCAUGCUGAGAUUGUCAUGGAGCUUCCGGUAGAACAUGGGCUACUUCUAGAUAAUCUUUUGGAUCUUGCGCAUGCCCCUUUUACCCACACUUCUACCUUCGCCAAGGGAUGGAGCGUUCCCAGCUUGGUGAAAUUCUUGACACCUGCAUCUGGCCUCCAAGGAUACUGGGACCCUUAUCCCAUAGAUAUGGAAUUCCGGCCACCUUGUAUGGUGCUAUCAACCAUAGGGAUCUCAAAGCCAGGGAAACUGGGAGGACAGAGUACCAAGCAGUGUCCUACGCACCUUCACCAACUUCAUGUGUGCUUACCUUCAUCCCGGCAGAAGACAAGAUUACUAUACAGAAUGUCACUGGAUUUUGCUCCCCUGCUUAAGCACAUUCCUUUCAUGCAGUAUCUGUGGAGGCAUUUCGCAGAACAGGUCUUGAAUGAGGAUCUGCGGCUUGUACUUGGCCAGCAAGAGCGCAUGAUCAACGGUGCAAACAUCUGGAAUUGGCCGGUAUCCUACGAUAAGCUCGGGGUAAGGUACAGGCUAUGGAGAGGAGCUGUGGAGCAAGGAGCUAAGCAACUACCAUUCGACAAACCCGUGUAGAAACAGUUUUGAUGAUGGAUUUAACCACUGUUGAUUCCCACUAUUGAACUCGACCAGAAGAUUUAACUGAAAUCUCAGUGCAGAGUUGCAAAAAGGAGUUCUGAAGAGCUGACAGCAUGUGCAGUUUCGAACACCUUUUGCUCUCUCAAAUAAAUCCCCAUGGCAGAAGUUGUCAAUGAUCAGAGGCAGAGGAUAAACGGGUCUUCACUUACAAACCACUGUAAACUAUAAAGAAACUGUACACUGAUUUUCUUGUUUUUGUGUACAGUCAAAUGCAUUUUGUUUUUGUUUUUCAUUUAAUUCACCACUUAAUAAAGGGAUGAAGAUUCAUUUCUGGUCUUA